UCUUUUUGUGAAUAAAAUUUGUUUAAAAAUUAAGUGAAAUAGAAAGAAAAUUAACUUAAAAUUCUGACAAAACUCACCUUGAAUGUUUACUUGAACCUGUGAUCGUCUUAGUUUUUAGCAUCUUGGUCAGGAACGCAUGAUAAAUUUCAAUUAAUUUUGCCGCCUCGCCGAAAGUCGUACUAAUUUUUGUUUUCGUGCCCAAAAAAAGCCCUCAGAGACCUUCUCGGAAGAUGUCACGAGACAUUCGAUCGUACUUUUCCAUGGGAGCUGCAAAGAAGCCCAAAGCCCCCGUGGACUCGCCGCUCAAGAGAAAGUCAGUAAUUGCUUUGUCCGACAGCGAUGACGAUGGCAAGCCAAAAGAACAGCAGAAAAAAGCUUCGCAUCACACCAAAAAGCGUCGAGUUGUGGACUCCGACGACGAAGAAGAAGAAAAAAAGGCAUCGAAGAAAGAAGUAAAACCCAAAAAGGAGGAAAAGAAGCAAGAAAAAUUAAAAGAAGUGGAUCCAGCAGCCUUUUUUGGCAACAAGGAACCACUGAGAGUGGAAAAAACUGUCAUUCCGUCGUCAAAGAAGAAGAAAAAGGACGAUUUGUUUGCAUCCGAUGACGAAGCGGAACUGAGCAUGAUGGAUUUGGAUGUCAGUGUCGCCGAAUCUCCCAGCAAAAAGAAGAAGGAAAAUAAAACGCCACCGAAAAAGGAGACUCCGAAGAAGGAAAGUUCAAAGAAAGAGACUCCGAAGAAGGAAAAAGAGGUGAAAACAGAAAAAUUAACACCCAAAAAAGAAGAGAAACCAGUGAAAAAGGAAAAAUCUUCACCGAAAGUGGUAAAAGAGGAGCCAAAAGAGGAAAAACCAAGUACAUCAAAGACUCCUAAAGGCACUCCGAAAACUGCUACCAAACGUAAAAAGCCUGAAAAUGAAGACGAACCAGUAAUCACCGACGAAGAACGCCACCAACGCAAGGUCCAAGCAGCAAUUCUCUUCCGCGAACGCCAAAAGCAUGGCGGUCCAACGGCUCAUGGCAGCAAAGAAAUUCCCGAGGGAAAACCAAAUUGCUUGGCUGGCAUGGCAUUCAUCAUCACGGGCGAACUCGAAUCACAAACUCGCGAAGAAGCUGCCGACCUGAUAAAAUCCUUGGGUGGUCGAAUGAUGACCACAGUCUCGAAAAAACUCAGUUACAUGGUUGUCGGAGAACUUGCUGGGCCCGCAAAAAUUGCCAAAGCCGAUGAAUAUGGAAUACCGCAAAUUAACGAAGACGAGUUACUGGACUUGAUUCGCGAAAAAUCAGGUAUUCCGAAGAAAAAUCCGGUGAAAGAGGAACCAAAAGAGAGUCCUGCGAAAAAAAUUAAAAAGGAAGAAAGUCCCAAAAAGGUGAAAAAGGAAGAAGAAACAAAAAUUCCGAUUAAAAAAGAACCUGAACCGUCUUCUUCAUCCUCAAAUAUUCCAAAACCUCCUUCAAAAAUUGAUGAAAAUUCCAUCGCCUGGGUCGACAAGUACAAACCGACAAACAUCAAGCAAAUCAUUGGUCAACAAGGUCCUCAAAGCAACUGUCAAAAGUUGAUAAAUUGGCUCCAAAAGUGGGAUUCCAACAACGAUGGCAAGAAAAAGCAUGCCCGUCCCAAUCCAUGGGCCAAAAACGACGACGGCGCCUCUUUCAAAGCCGUUUUACUUUCCGGACCUCCCGGAGUUGGCAAAACAACCACCGCUCACCUCGUUUGCAAGGAGCUCGGUUAUGACAUUGUCGAAUUUAAUGCCUCGGACACUCGUAGCAAACGUUUGCUGCAAGAAGAAGUCGCCACUUUACUCUCGAAUAAAUCACUGAAUGCCUAUGUUCAUGGAACCAGCAAGUCCGCAAGUGCCAAACGUGUCUUAAUCAUGGAUGAAGUCGACGGAAUUGGCGGAAAUGAGGAUCGUGGCGGUGCCCAAGAGUUAAUUCAACUCAUCAAAACGACUCACAUCCCAAUUAUUUGCAUGUGCAACGACCGAAAUCACCAAAAAAUGAAAACUUUGGUGAAUUAUUGCUUUGAUUUGCGAUUUUCCAAGCCUCGAGUCGAACAAAUCCGCGGGGCAAUGAUGAGUGUGUUGUUCAAAGAAGGCAUGAAGAUCCCAAAAGAGUGUUUAGAUGAAAUAAUUUCGGGAACGGGAAACGAUGUUCGUCAAACGUUGAAUCAUCUGGCCAUGUAUUCAGCUUCCAAGGACAUUAAUGCGUCGAAAGAAAGUGGCGAUUACAAAAAAGAAGCGAAAACUGCCGAAAAAGACGUCAAAAUUGGUCCUUUUGAUGUCGCGCGGAAAGUUUUUGAUGCCAACGAGCACAAAGGAUUGUCUCUUGAUGAUAAAUUGAGCUUUUUCUUUCAUGAUUACAACAUGGCAUCACUUUUUGUGCAGGAAAAUUAUCUCACCGUUCAACCAAAUGCCCCGAAAAAGACCCAGAUGCAGCUUUUUGCUGAAGUUGCCGAUAGUUUGAGUCGUGGCGACAUGAUCGAGAAGCGAAUUCGCACGGACAGUGCUUGGUCACUGCUUCCCGUGCAAGGCAUGUAUUGCUCCGUUAUUCCCGGAGAGCUUCUGGAAGGGUCCAUCGGUCGUAUAAACUUCCCCGGAUGGCUUGGAAAAAAUUCCAAAACGAUGAAACGCAAGCGUUUAGCGCAGGAAAUUCAUGAUCACACACGAACUUGCACUUCGGGGUCCCGAUUGUCGAUCCGUUUGGAUUACGCACAAUUUUUGACCAAAGCGAUUGUUGAUCCGCUCAAGCAAAAAGGCAUGGAUGGCGUACCAGAGACAUUGGAAGUCAUGAAAGCUUACAAAUUAUUGCGAGAAGACAUUGAUUCCUUAGUGGAGCUCAGUACGUGGCCCAAGCAGAAAAAUCCAAUGGACGGCAUCGAAAGCAAGGUCAAAGCGGCUUUGACUCGUACUUACAACAAGGAAGUGCUGCCGUACUCGUUCUCAGCUCUGCAAAACGUGAAAAAGAAAAAAGUUGAAGUUUCCGAGGAGUAUGAAGGAAUUGGCGGUGAUGAAGAAGGACUUCAAGAUGCUUCGGGAUCCGAAGAUGAGGACGACAAACUCGAAAAUAAUGCGUUCAUUAAAGUUAAAAAACCCUCAGCUCCGAAAGCGGCAAAGGCGGGCACGUCUAAAGAGCCUAAAGCCUCUUCAUCUAAGGGAAAAAAGAAGUAAAUCUCUGUUAUUUUUUUACUCGUUUAUAUUAUUAAAUAAAAUAAAUGCUUGAAUAUUUUUUUAAAAAGCAAAAAUAAUCACU